CAGCUUUAGAAGCACCGCUGCUCAAUUUGAAAGGCCAAAUAAAAUAUAAGGAAAAGAUCCAUUUUCUACAAAUUAAAGUAUGAAUUCAAAAUACUAUUCCUCCUUCUAAAUGGCUGAAGAACAGAAGCAGCAAACCACAACUACUGCCAUGGAGAUGAGGGAAAUGCGUGCGCUAAUCGAGACGUUGUUUAGAGAAUUGAAUGCCAGACAAGACAAAUUUGAUCAAACAAUUCAACAGCUUAAGGAAUACAUCGAAUCUUCUACCGCUCAAGAGAAACCUGCCAUGAAUGCCUCCUCUGCCAGCUGUGGAAACUCAUCUAUGCUUCAGGAGGAGAAUAUGAAGGGACGCGGAAAAACCCUAACCACCACUGAACAUAAUAAGAGGCGAGCCAAAGGUCUCCGUUUAUUUUGUGAUGAAAAAUGUAGCAACAAAGAGAGAAAGGAUGUUGUUGGCCUUCCAACUGACGAUGACGAAAUAGAUCCUAUAACUUCAGAGAAAGAAGACGCCAUGCUAAUAUCUAUUGACGCUGUAGUAGAAUAUCCUAAGCCAUACCAAAGUAUCUGCGUGACUGGGUACCAUGGAAAUCGGCCCUUGAAUAUCCUAAUCGGUACAGGGACAACACACAAUUUUAUUGAUUCAUCCAUGGCAGCUAAGUUAGGUUGUGAUACAUUUCCAAUCAAGCCGCGAUCUGUUAAGUCAGUUUUUGGGAAUGUUAUGGUUACCUCCAGAGCAUGCAACAACUUUCAAUUGUUAUUGCAAGGCACCUUGUUUAGUAUGGACUUGCAUCUACUUCCAUUGUCGACACAUUGUGACAUGGUUUUAGGAGGCAAAUGGAUACGUACCCUUGGGAUGAUUAAGUUUGAUUCUAAAGGUGUGGAGUUUUACUUCCAAGGUAAGAAACACCUGCUAUGUUACAAUGGAACAGUUGAAGGCAGCAAGCGCUGAGAGUCUUGGCAAAUUGACCUCAAAUUUCAUAUACUAGUAAUUGACCUGUUUUAAAUCUUUCUGUAAUGUUUCCUUUAUGUAUAGUAAUUGUAGUCAUCCUUAGUUCGUUAUCAUCUACCAGUGGUAUCUGUCAAUUUGGGAGUUGGUCGUACCAGCCUUGCAAGUUAUGAAUUCCAUUUUGUUUCAGUGUGAUCUGCAUUAUUGCUAUUGUGGAUUAAUUAUUGA